AUGUGUGUAUCCCGCCGUUCUUCCUGGAGAGUGGUCUCCAGCAUCGAGCAGAAGACGGAGGGCAGCGAUAAGAAGCAGCAAAUGGUCAAGGAAUAUCGGGAAAAGAUCGAGAAGGAGUUGAAGGACAUCUGCAAUGAUGUACUGGUUCUUCUGGACAAGUACCUCAUCCCAAAGGCGACACCGGCUGAAAGUAAAGUCUUCUAUCUGAAAAUGAAAGGCGAUUACUUUCGCUACUUAGCAGAGGUGGCUGUGGGAGAGGAGAAAAGCUCUAUCAUUGGCAAUUCACAGGAGGCCUACAAGGAUGCCUUUGAAAUCAGUAAGGCAGAGAUGCAGCCCACACACCCCAUUCGUCUGGGCCUUGCGCUCAAUUUCUCAGUAUUUUAUUACGAGAUUCUCAACGCGCCCGACCAGGCCUGUAAGCUUGCCAAAACGGCUUUUGAUGAGGCCAUUGCAGAGCUUGAUUCACUGAAUGAAGAAUCAUACAAAGACAGCACAUUGAUCAUGCAGCUACUUCGGGACAAUUUGACACUGUGGACUUCAGAUAACCAGGGUGACGGCGAGGACACCGAGGAGGGCAGAGAAAACUGAGUCACGCACUGUCCGUCCUUCCCUUGUUAUUCACCUGCCAUCGUUCCAGCUCAACACUGAGACCACCUCAUCGUCAACUUCUGUCUCUUUUAGUUCUUUUACUCUCGCGCCUUCCUUGCUUUCUUCCUUCCCUGUCAUUGUGGGGGUUUUUUUUCUAAGGAUUUGUGUAACGGGAG